AUGGCGAUCAGCGAAAUCGUGCAGGACCCCUCGCUGCUGCCCAUUCUGCAGACCAGCGCCGAAACCCUCGCUCAGUGCCAGCAGCUGCUGGCGCUGCUGGACCCAGCGACGGCGCCAGGGUCGUCGCCCGAGGUUCAGGAGGUUUCCCUGGCGGUGUCCCGACAGCAGAAGGUGCUGUUUGCGCUGCUGGCUCGGCUGCGUGGGCAGAACCGCGAUGCCACUCUUCGCGUACGGGAGACGAAACAGGCGACAGCAGAGGCACGCCAGGAGAUCGACCGGCUACAUCUACAGCUCCAGAACCUGUAUUAUGAGCAAAGACACCUGAACGGCGAGAUUACGGCCUGCGAGUCUUAUGAUCAUAAGUACUUGUCCUUGCCCUUAAUACCCAUCGAGGAGUUCCUGGCCAUCCAUCCAGAACAUCGGGAGUCCAGUGACCACGAUCUGAUGGUCGCGCGAAUCAAUCACGAACAUGCGGAGCGAGAGAAGCUCGAACAGGCUCGGCAGGAGUUGCUGAAACGCAAGCAAGCACUGAUUGCAGAGAACAAGAAAAGAAAAGAUGAUUUGGCCAAUCUCGACCAGGAUCUGGAACGGUUCAUCGAUGUAAGCCUAUCUCGCGACCCAUUACUCUGUACUAUUGCUAACGGCGAAUACCAGGCCGCCAAACCGAUCCAGAAAAUCUUUGAAAAGGAGUACUACAAUGUUCCGGCCAUGACUGGGAGAAAUGGAGAGCUGGCGUCUUCGCAGACAUCUUCUCCAGCCGCCGACGACGUCACUACCACCAUGAGCUCAACGAAGGCCAGCGCGCAGCGCCUUCCACCACCAGAGAAGGCCGAAGCUGUUCGGACUCGGACAGGAGUGAUUGCUGCUUUCUGGCUGGUGAUUAUCUUGUUUGGAUUCCCAAUAUGGUGGAAGACCACGUCUAUUUACCGGGCUCGACUACCCAUUCAGGAGAUGAUCGAUUGGGCGGAUGGCAAGAGACUGACUGUUUACUUCUAUGUGGUCCAGGCAUGCCGUCCGGUUUUCCCUCUUGAUAUUCACGUUGAGACCCCGUCGCUCCCUCCUUCGGAAGCGCAACAUUUGAUCCGGACAACGCAACAUGCGCUUGACGAUCUGAACGAAUUUUCGGCUCACCACCUGAGACUCAAACUGGCCGAGGGCUCACGAGGCGAGGAACCAUAUAUAGAUGGAGAAUCAGAGACUGGGGUAGAGGAGAAAGCCGAUACAACCCUCGUCGUGAAGCUGCUCCCGGAAGACAAUCUGGCCGGACCCAGAUCAGAGCUACACGCAGACACCAGCCAACUGGAUGUGUUCUAUCCACCCAGUCAAGUGCCUACUUUUUCGUCAUCUAACUCUCCCCUCUCAUCGUUCAUCGCCGAGGAGCUGCAAAAAUUGUUCGCCGAAGAGAAGACGACAAUAUCCCAUAUCAUUUCGAGUUCCUCUUCCUCACCCUCGCCGGAGCUGGCAGAAGACAUCGGCCGACGACUAAGACGGACACUGAAAUAUGCCGACACUUACCACCUGGCCUUUUCACUGUUUACGCCCGGCGCAGAGCCAUCUUCGUGGGACAUCGAAGGCGCGGUACAGGAAUACCUGACACCGCUCCUGGAGGCCUUCUCGCCCAUCAGCAAUUUCUCCGUUGAUACCCAGGUCCAGAUUCAUGCGGCCUUUGCACCAACCGCGCCCUUGCCGACCUUCGACGAAACUCAGGCCGCAUGGACGCUGAAGAAGGAGGAUCUCAGCGCGUUCAUCAACGCGGCCGAGUGGCCCCUGAGCCCCAGCAUUGGGGCAGGCCCGACCAUAAACUUCAUCCUCUACGUCCCCUCGCCCUCGCAGGCGCCCCUGGUCAUUCAGGGUAGUCACCAGGCUACCAGCUGGAUCGUCCCUCAAUGGGGUGGCGUGGUUCUCCUGAACCCGCCGCUGGCUUUGUCAGACCCCUCGCCUCGGAACCCCAAGCAUCUGUCCCGGGAAUCCCUGCGGCCCGCCUUCUUGACGUUUUCGCACCAGUUGCUCACCCUGCUGGGCACCCCGACGACGCCCGCAUCCCUCCCCUUCCGCCUGCAGACGCUGAUGCGCGUCCGCGCCGCGACGUUACUCCUCUCCGCGUCGUCGACAAUGGGCUCGCUCGCUCGCCUCACUGAGUCACUGCCCUCGAUCCCCAUCCCCGCCACUGUCGCAGCCUCCGUAUCUACUACGUUGGCACAUCUCUCCUCGGCGUGUUCGCACCUCCGCGAGGGCCGCUUCGCCGCUGCGCUUGCCGCCGCGCGUGUCGCAGAGGGAGAGGCCGAGCGCAGCUUCUUUGAAAAGUCAAUGGUCGGACAGGUCUAUUUCCCAGACGAACACAAGAUUGCCGUUUAUCUCCCCCUGUUGGGCCCGAUUGGUGUGCCGCUUCUAGUCGCGCUGAUCAAGGAGAUCAAGAGGGUUGUAGCUAGUCGGAGGUCAUAG